GCGGAACUGACAGGGUUGGUUGGAACGGAGGCAGGCCAAUUUGUGGAGGAUUUUUUUUCGUUUACACAGUACAACCAGCACAAGUUGCCACUGGUGAAAACGAAAAGAGAGAAUCACUCAAGGAAGAAAUCUCGUCCCUCUAGUCAUCAUGCCUCAAGGCUCGCCCAACCCAGCAGAGAUUCGGAUAGCAGCUGCGUACGGAGGUCCAGGUCCCGCCUAUAUGUUGCCUCCAACCAUCGGGGCCAACGGUCACGAUCCAACCAGAGUCAAGAACCCAGGGUAUUCAUUUGGACAGAAGUUUGCUCCUAAUACGGACUGCUCCCCGGGACCUAUUUAUCAUGUGAACCCCUCCCUCACGCGAAGAGGAGGCAAUGGAAACCCCAGAUAUUCGUUCGCUGGGAGACAAAAGGAGCUAUCUAAAUUCCAUACUCCGGGUCCAGGUGCAUACAACUGCGACAAAGUGAAGCCCGUGAAAGAAAGGAAAGCACCUGCUUACUCCAUCGGCCUGAGAACCCGAUAUCGACCCACCGACAACAUCCCAGCUCCAAACUCCUACUCUGUUCCAUCCACUCUCGGAUCAAAAGUGCCUGACAAACGCGGAAAUCCGAGCUUCACCAUGACGGCACGAAACGCCAAUUCUUACGACACGAAAACCCCAGGACCGAAUCAUUACAAGAUUGUCGACGCGAGCGUGUAUAAGAAACGGCCCGUGCAUUUCAGUCUGAAAGGGCGCACUUCCCAGCCUGGGGACAAGACACAGAAGCCAGGACCCGGGGCACACAAUCCGCAGUUAGUGACUGUGCACAUGAAAUCUAAUCCAAAAUUCACGAUGGGAACUCGGCACUCUCAGUUCGUCAUGCCUAUGAUCACAUUGGCGGACGUGUCAGACUAA